UGGAUAUUUGUUUUUCCAAUUUUUACUAAAGCUGAUUUGAAAUACAAAGUUUGUGUGGUUACGAGUAACGGAGGAAAUGACAAAACCCGAGAUUAUUGUCCUCCUUUAAGUAUAGAAAAAUCUAGUCAAGUCGAAUGUGUAUUCGCAACUGAUAAAUUACAUUGUAUAAGAAAAAUUCUUAAUGGAGAAGCAGAUUUUGGAGUGUUUCAAGUAGAAGAAAUAUCAUAUGCAACUCAGUGGAAUGACUAUUUAAGCAUCACAAAUGAAAUUCGUUUAUUUGAAAAUGAAAAAUUUGAUUAUAACAUGGUGGUGCUAAUUAAUGAAGAUGCUGGCAUUAAGAACUUAAACGAUUUAAAAGGUAAACGUUUAUGUCAUCCAGGAUUUUAUGAAGGAGAACCAGGAAAUGGAUGGUCCACCUUAAUAUCACAAUAUUUUGAGCGAGUUAUUGUUCCACAAACAUGCGAUCCGCAAUUAAGCCUAAUAGAAAAUCAAUUAAAAUCGCUUUCUGAAUUUUUUGAUGAAUCUUGCAAACCCGGUCAAUGGGAUCCAAAUCCUGACACGGAUAAUAUACUAAAAGACAAAUAUCCAAAUUUGUGUGCGAAUUGUAAGAACCCGUCAAAAUGUAACGACAAUGAUCAAUUUUGGGGAAGACAGGGUGCAUUACAAUGUUUAAGUGAUUGUUUUGGGGAUGUUAGUUGGGCAAGACUAUCUGACGUUAGAGUACACUUUAAAGGUGACAGUACAAACGCUUGUAGUAAAAUAAGUUUUYUAUGUCCUAAUGGUACUUUACAACCAAUGGAAACUCCUAAUCCAUGCAUUUGGAUAUCUCGACCUUGGCCAGCCGUAAUUGCAAGAAAUUCAAUAUCAUUAAAUAUACAAAGAAUGAUAAACUACGUUAAUACUGCUAAGGAAUUAAAAAACGCAACUUCAUGGCAGUGGGCCUUAAAUAGUUUACUUCUAUACUAUUCUGAACCUAUUUCAUCUGAUAUCAUUAGAAGUCCAAAAGAAUAUAUUUUUUCAGCUCCUGGAUAUAUGAAAGCUGAAGAAAAAGGACAAUUGUGCAAAGGUCGUACAUUUUCUAUGUGUAUUGAAACAAUUACAGCCUUAAAAAAAUGCCAAGCACUUUCAGAUAUAUCAAUAAGUUAUGGUAUACAACCAAAAUUAAAUUGUAUAAUUACUCCAAAUUGUGGGAACAAAUUAAAAGCUGGAGAAGUAGAUAUGAUGAUUUUAGAUGCUGAUAAAAUUGCUUCUUUUAGAAGAAACUAUGGUGUUUCAAAACCAAUACUUUUUGCAACUUCACUUUAUCACCAUUUAUAUAGAAAAAUGAGUGCAGUUAUGUUGAGAACAAAUAUUGCAAAAGAUCUUGAACAGCUGAGAAAUAAAAAAGCCUGUUUUCCUUUGUAUGAUGGUUAUGUUUGGAAUUCUUUAUUAAUCACGCUCAAAUUAGAAAAUAUUGAAUUAUUUCCGAAUAAUAAAACAAUACAAAACUUCUUCAAUGACAGUUGUGCUAUUUUAAGUUCUAAUCAAAACUUAAUAAAAGAAUGCGAUUUUGAUGAUAUAUUACCCGAAGAUAGUAAUAAAAACGGGAUGUGGAUUGAAACCCAAACACUUAGAUGUAUCAUUGAAGGAGGAGGAGAUGUAGCAUUUAUCAAUACYCUUCACAUUAAUCAAUAUUUAGAUAUUUUAAGAUCACCACUAAACUUACCUAACAACUUUAACGUGCAUAAUUUUUCAACUAUUUGUAAUCAAAAAAUCCAUACCUCAGUUGAUUGUCCAUUAUCAUGGUCUUACUUUGGACAUAUAUUAGCAAAACCAAAUAUAUCCUCAUUUUCAAAAAAAGAAAUGACUUCAUUAUUAAUGAACAUGGAUAUGACUUUUGGACGAACAUCCAAGUCAAAUAAUCGUGUUAAUAAUCUAUUACCACCAGUUUUCUCUAUGUAUGGACCAUUUGAUGAUUUUGCUGAUCCAAUGUUUCCGGUGGAUACAGAACAGUUGGAAACCAUUAAACAGUUAAAGGAACACCAAACGCCGAUUGCGCCACAGUACGAAUCAAACAUUCAUAUUUUAAAUGAUCUGAAACCUACUGUAAGUUCUAGCGUCUCGAUAAUGCCAUUUUCUUUACUAAAGUUACUUAUAUUUUAUAAGUUAUUAUUAAAAUAUUGUGUGUAAUAUAUAAUACUCAUUACCA